CAAGGGUAGGGCAUGUGGCAAGGGGGUGUGUGUGUUGUUCUUGGCUCCCACUCCUCCAAGCCCUCCCCCUUCCUCAUGUGCAUAAAUGCUCCACAGCAUCAGCAGCAUCUUCAGACCGCCCUCAAACUGAGUUGCACAUCAGGCAAAGAGAACCAAGAAGAGAGGAGAACCGAUCCAGCCAUGGCUCCAUCAAUGCUCUGGUGCCUGUCUUUCUGCUUCCUAGCCUGCCUUGUGUCGGCCUCUCCGGUGGAUGAGCAUCCAACCAAUGAAAGUCUGGUGGCCGAACAAGAGGACCACCACCACCACAUGUUGAAAAUGAUCGAUGAUUUCAAACAGUUUAUGAUGAAGAAGAACAAAUGCCCCCUGAAGUGGAUGCGUCACGGCUCCUCUUGCUACCGGUUCGUUGACUGUCCAAAGACCCAUCGUGAAGCAGAGGAGGAAUGCCAGAGUUAUGGUGAGAACAGCCAUCUUGUGUCUAUCCAUGGAGACGCUGAAGAGGUCUUCCUCAUGAAAAGCAUUGUGCCAGAGGGACAGAACGACAACAUCUGGAUCGGUGGCUCCAACAUCAAUAACUGUCAGGACUUUCAUUGGUCUGACAAUUCUCCAAUGAAUUAUUAUUCCUGGGGACCUGCAUCUCCAAGCAAUUGUGAAGGCACGAAGGUGUGCAUUCAGAUGUCCAAAGACACAGGAUUCAAGACCUGGGUUGCAGCACCCUGUGACACCGCAAAGGACUUCAUCUGCGAAAACCAUUUCUGAUGAUACACAGAGUAUCUGCUGCCCGCAUUUCUGAAUUCAUGACAUUUAGGGGCCUAUAAAGUUUCCUAAAGUCUUUUGCUCAAAAGGCAACUCUCUGCAGUCCCUCCAGCAGCGUCCCGUCUGCUUCCUGCCCGACUGCCCUAACUUCCUACUCUUUUGGUGAUAAUAAAAUAGUUUUCAAUUCA